UCCUUCGCGUAUUCUUCUUUUUCCGUAGGUAGACGACGGGUUUUGCAUCUCGUCGCGUCCUUAGGUGCGUGCUUGUUUUCCUUCCGGUCCUUCCUCUCUUCUGCCGAUACACCCGGACUUCACGCAACGUAAGCUUUCGUGAUUGGGCUUUAUUUAUUACUGUGCCGCCGUACCAAGGAGGCCCGCGGAUUACCAUCGGAGAUCUGUGCCGCAUGAAUAAGUUGCGAAAGAUUCUCUCGAACCUUUUCAGUUUCCGUGGACGCAAAAAAACGGCAGCAGGAGCAGGAAGAGGAAGAGAAGCAGCAACAACAGGACGAGGACCUGCACCAACAGCUGCAGAGUCUCACGCUGCUAACAGGUGUAGCAGUCACGAGGGGCGCAGCACCAGCAGGUGCACAAGGGACAACAGCAGCAGCGUGGAGCGCUGGGGUGGGAUGGAAGAAGAGACGUUUAAUAAAUGGUUAGCAAAUUUGACAGGUGAAGAUAACGUUCACGCAUUUGAAUAUGGGGUCACAGGUACAAUGAUGCAUAGGCCGGAUCCGCGUUCAGAAAGGCGAGAGAUGAAAUGUACUGCUGGUGCAGCUGGUGCUGGCAAUGUAGAGGGUACUGUUGCGGGUGCUGCUGGUGCCCUUCUUGCGGCUGCUGCUGCAGCAGCAGUAGAAGAGGAAGAAGACUUCGUCGAUUUGAAUGAAGACCCGGACGUUCGGAACGCCUUCUUGGAACUGGUGCAGCAGUGCAACUGUGAAUGCCCUGCAGAAGACAAAUAUGCAACACUGGUGCGCAAACUUCAGACGCUCCCUUGGGUUCGCGAACUCUUGACCGCAAUCGAGGUGGCGGAGAACAGGCAACUCGCACCGCCAAGGACGGUUUUCGUAGAAGGCUCUGACGCGCUACUGCCGCCCUUCGAUGUGUCGGCGGCUUUCAAAUAUCUGCUAGAGACUAUUGAAAAC